CGUGAAUAAAUGCCCGAAACGCUACCUCGCAGCCCCAGAAGGAGGGAAAUCAAAAACCCUUGGCCAUGAGAGCCCUGAGGCCUCUCUCGCUCUCCUCCUCGCUUCUGCGAGCGGUUUGCUCUGCCGGCGCCGGAGGACGGCCUUCGGGUGGUCCCUCUUCUCUCCGCGCUCUUUUCCAGAAUGGAGGAGGCCAGGUUUUAUCUUUUUCGAGGAUAAAGGGUCGUUUCCUAUCAUCAACAGUUGAGACACUGUUGGAGUAUGAAAGAGAUCAACCUUUUGAUGAUCGAAAAGUGAUUGAGAAAGACUCAACACUUAAUCUUGCUCUCUCUCAGCUUGCAGCGGAUUUUGAUGUAGAAUCCAAUUUAUCUUUGAGUCGGUUCUUUCGUACAAGGUACACACAUGUGAUCUCUACAGGCUCUCUGAAGCUUGAUCUGGCUCUUGGGAUUGGAGGGCUGCCAAAGGGGAGAAUGAUUGAAAUUUAUGGAAGAGAGGCAUCUGGGAAAACAACACUUGCACUUCAUAUUGUGAAGGAAGCUCAAAAGCUUGGAGGAUAUUGUGCUUAUCUUGAUGUAGAGAAUGCUUUGGAUCCGUCUCUUGCAGAAGCAAUGGGUGUAAACACAGAAAAUCUUCUUAUUUCACAUCCUAGUUGUGCUGAAGAUUCCUUGAGCAUAGUGAAUACUUUAGUUAAUAGUGGAUCAGUUGAUGUGGUGGUUGUGGAUAGUGUGGCAGCCCUUGUUCCCAAAUGUGAACUUGAUGGCUUGAUGGAUAUCAAUUCUCAAGAAGUACAAUCACGAUUCAUGACCCAAGCACGAUUCAUGACCCAAGCACUUAGAAAAAUUCAGUACUCACUAAGCCGGUCCCAAACUCUUGUUGUUUUUAUUAAUCAGGUUAGAACAAAUUUAAGAUCAAAUCAUAGCUUUGGAGAGAGGAACGAGGUAACUUGUGGUGGAAAUGCCUUAAAAUUCUAUGCAGCAGUACGUUUGAGAAUUGCAAGACAUGGCUUACUCCACACUGAAGAUAAGAUCACCGGCAUUGGCAUAUUAGUGCAAGUCAUGAAAAAUAAACUAGCACCUGCAAUGAAGCAAGCUAGUCUGGAUUUAGGAUUUGGCAGAGGCAUUUGUUAUGAAGCCGAGGUCUUGGAGAUGGCUUCUAAGCAUGGACUUGUUUUGAGAGAAGGAAAUGGAUACUGGAUAGAAGGAGAGUUUCUCAAGGACCGGCAAGAAGCUGAACUAUUUCUAGAGAAAAAUAAUGCUGUAGUAGAUGAGUUUGUUCAUACAUUGAGAAGCCGAUUGUUUCGGAUAGCUGCAUGAAUUGCCUGAUGCACAAAAGCUGGGAUCAGGAGAUGAUUUUAAAGUUCUAUACAAAAGAAACAAUGUACCCUCAAUCUUGAACAAAAUGACUAUUCAAUGUCACGAGGAAAAAUUUGAGGGUAAAACUGGCAAAUGGUCACAAGUUUCAACCAGAAGCUAGCCUGAAUCCAUCCCAGGCGCCCAUAGAAAGUGGCAGUUGCUACAAGCAGACAUUCACAAAGUUUCAGAAUCUGUUAAGGGUUGAUUCACCCUAAGAUCCAAAGACGUGAGAAAUUAAGAUGCCUGCCAUGUUUUAGGUUCUGUCAUAUGGCCAGAAAUUGAUUAGUGAGGUCGUGCGUGGAUAUACUGUAGGAUUUCCUUCUGACAUCUGACCUUCAUGUUUUAUUUAUGCUGAUGCUUUCAUGCAUGUAUUUUAUCUACCUAUAAAUUGAGUGUAUUAAUGCUGACAUGCUCGGAGUAUUCAGUUACUUGACGAUCUUCUGUUUCCAGCUUAUAACAAUGCUGCUGAGUUUUGUAUGCACACUACCUUUAGAGUUCGUUAUGCUAAUACCUUUUUCUAUGUAUUUCCUGUAUCUAAAACUUGAGUACAUUUAAGCUGACUUGCUUGGAGUAUUCAAGUAUUUGAAAA